AUGGUGGACAGAAAAGUGAGGACGACAGUUGGCACACAGUAUGUCUCGGGUAACGGCAGGCAUGUGGCGGUGGGACUGCCCGGGAGGUGCUGGCCAGGCCAGGGGCAAGCCGAGGCUGGCAGUGUGGGCCAUGCGGUGGCAGCGGUCAGUGCGGCUACUGGUGGCUGCCAUGGUGCUGCUGGGUGCUGCCAUGUUGCUGAGGCAUGUGGCAGCCCCCCGCAGGCCACAGCGCUGGACCGGGCGUGCAGCAUGCUGCUGGCCGGGCGGGACCCCUGCCUGAAGGGCAGCUGGCUGCGGCCAGCACCAGGGGCAGCCCCCUGCAACAUGUACGUGUCCCGCAGCCGCUACAUCACCCGCGCUCUCUCAGCCGAGGAGGCUGCCUUCCCCGUCGCCUAUGUCAUGACCCUGCACAAGGAGUUCGAGACCUUUGAGCGGCUCUUCAGGGCGGUGUACAUGCCCCAAAACGUCUACUGCGUCCACGUGGAUGCCAAGGCGCCGGCCCCCUUCCGGCAGGCGGUGCAGCGCUUGGUGGGCUGCUUCCCCAACGCCUUCCUCGCCUCCCGGGUGGAGCGGCGCUACCUGCUCAACACCUGCGGCCAGGGCUUCCCCUUGAAGACCAACCGGGAGAUCGUCCGGCUGCUGAAGGGCUUCGGGGGGAAGAACAUCACCCCUGGGGUGCUGCCACCCCCCCACGUCACCGCCCGCACCAAAUAUGUGCACAGGGAGCAAUUAUACUCUUUCUUUUCUUUCAUGCUAUGGACAUUUGUGCGCAAGGUGCCCCCGCCCCACAACAUCACCAUCUACUUUGGCUCUGCGUAUGUGGCCGUCACCCGGCCCUUUGUGGAGUUCGUGCUGCGGGACCAGCGCGCCAUCGAUCUGCUGGCAUGGUCCGAGGACACCUACAGCCCCGAUGAACACUUCUGGGUGACGCUCAACAGGAUCCCAGGUGUCCCAGGCUCCAUGCCCAAUGCAUCAUGGGAAGGUGACCUGAAAGCAGUGAAGUGGAUUGAUAUGGAAGAGAGCCAUGGAGGCUGUCAUGGCCAUUAUGUCAGAGGCAUUUGUGUAUAUGGAACAGGUGACCUCAAGUGGCUUUUUAACUCCACCUGUAUGUUUGCAAAUAAGUUUGAGCUUAAAACGUACCCCCUGACGGUGGAGUGCCUGGAGCUGAGACAUCGGCAGAGAACCUUGUCCCAGAGUGAGGUUCAGGUGGAACCCAACUGGUAUUUUUAG